GGGAAGCCAUCAUUUAAUCAUGGAAUGCUUCAAAAAUCGCUUAUGUCAGUGGAUAAGUAUUGAAUUAGCGGCAUUGAUAAUGUUCAUAAUUUGUAUUAUACUCCAAAUAAUCAAUGGUUCCAAGUUUAGUAUUAAUGAUAUAGUGUUUGUGACUGUUGUGUUGGUCGUCUGUCUAACAAUACUUAUUCUGACUGUGUACUUUUUUGCUAAUUCUGGAAGUAGUGAAGACAAACGAAAAUUGGUCGACGUCGUUACAGAGGAAAAAGAAAUCUGUAGGAAACUCAGACCCCUACAUAAAAUGAUUGAAUCUGAUUGCCCGAUUUGUCUCGCAACGAUGCAGUGUUCUUCUCUAGUGCAGCUCAGCUGUGCACACGAUUACCAUGAAAAGUGUGUCAAAGAAUGGUUCGUCAUUUCCCGUGAUUUUCGAUGUCCCCAGUGUCGUGAAGAAUGCCAAGACUUUUCUUCUUGCAGCAAAGGAACUGAAACUGCUUUAAACGUUGUUUAAUGAUACUGAUCUUUUCUUUCUUACGGAAGCGUAAAGGUCUCUACACUUCUUGUGUAAUAACGUUAUAACUUGUACAUUGUCUUAUUUGUUAUUGUUUUAUCAACAUAUUAAGUAUUAUAACUCCUUAUUUAUACACAUAUUUUGAAUUGUAUCUAUGUGUUUAAACAUAAUUUA